AUGGCAAAGGUCGUCGCUGCAAAAGGUUCCAAGACCGCCAACAAGGCCGGCAAGAAGGAAAAGAAGCCUGUCGUCGAGUCUGACUCCGAUUCUUCUUCCUCCUCCUCCUCCUCCUCCUCCUCUUCCUCCUCGUCUUCCUCCUCUUCCGACUCUGAUUCCUCUGACGACUCUGACGACGAGGAGAAGAAGGAGGAAGUAAAGGCUAAGGAAUCUAGCUCUGACUCUGACUCUGACUCUGAUAGCUCUUCCUCUUCAUCCGACUCAGACUCAGACUCAGACUCGAACGAGGCCGAAUCCGCCAAGGAGGAGGCUAAGAAGGCUGCCGAGUCUUCUUCCUCGUCUUCUUCUUCGUCUUCAUCCUCAUCGUCUUCGGACGAUUCUUCGGAUUCCGACUCGGAUGCUGAUGACGAAAAGGAGGGCGACGAGGACACCAAGAUGGACGUCGACGAGAAGAAAGAAUCCUCUUCUUCUUCGGACUCUGACAGCUCCUCUUCUUCCUCUGAUUCGGACAGUUCUUCUUCCUCUGAUUCGGAUAAUGACUCUGACGACGAAAAGGAGGACGACUCCGACAACAAAAAGCGCAAGGCCGAUACCGAGGAAACCCCCCUCAUCAAGAAGCCCAAGACCGAGACCCCUGCCGCUGCCAAUGGCGCUUCGACUACCGUCUUCGUCGGCGGUCUUUCCUGGAAUGUCGAUAAUGACUGGCUCCGCUCCGAGUUUGCCGAGUGCGGUGAAAUCGCCGAUGUCCGUGUCAUUACCGAUCGCGACUCUCAGCGCUCCAAGGGGUUCGCCUACAUUGAGUUCGCCGAUGCUGAGGGUGCCCAGGCCGCACUGGCCCUCGCUGGCAAGGAAAUCGACGGUCGUGCCAUCCGCGUUGACCUCUCCGAGGGCCGCCCCCAGAAGAAGGAGGCCAAGUCCUUCAACAACACCCCCCAGGGUGAGGCCAGCGACACGCUUUUCGUCGGCAACUUGUCCUUCACUGCGACCGAAGACGAUCUGCGUAACGCCUUUGCGGAAUGCGGUCAGAUCCUGUCGGUUCGUCUGCCCACAGAUCGUGAGAGCGGCCAGCCUAAAGGAUUCGGCUAUAUCCAGUUCUCGACCGUUGAUGAGGCUAAAGCUGCGAUUGCCUGGAACGGAUCUGAUCUGGCAGGACGUCCUUGCCGUUUGGAUUUCGCUGGAAAGAAGCCUGAGCGUGCGGAGGGUGGCGGUGGUGGAUACGGUGGUGGUGGAUACGGUGGUGGCGGACGAGGCGGUCGUGGCGGUGCUCGUGGCGGUGCUCGUGGUGGAGCUCGUGGUGGACGUGGUGGCGCGGGCGGUGCCCGUGGAGGACGCGGUGGUUCCACGACCAACCGUGGUGGAUUCGGUUCCUUCCAGGGAUCAAAGGUCACUUUUUAA